AUGUCGACAGUGACGUCAAAUUCUACGUCCAUGCAGGGUGCAGCUGCUGCACGAACAGCAGCCCCGGUCGCCACGGAGGAUGAGGCUGUGUCGUACACAAGCUCUGUCGUUCAGCUCCCACCGACGGUGCCGGAGCUGAUCAAGUGCCUGGAGCAGCAGCACGAGCGAUGCGCGCAGCUGACACGCUGCCUCCAGCGCGUGCACGCAGAGACGAUUCAACUGGUGGCAAGCAAUGCAGGGACACCUGCCAGAGAGCGGUAUAGUGCCCUCUCUGCUGUCGCUGCAGACGGCAAUGCUAAGUCGAAUACCUCCCUCGCUGGGAGUUCGCUGAGAGCGUCGACACCACCGCCGCCGGCUUCUUCCGCCUCCCCAGCCCAACCGGCUGCUGCUGUCAACUCGAUCCCCGCCGUCGUAGUUGCGCGCGGCGUUGUUGCCACCUCGACGACGGGUACCGGCACGGCUUCGACCGGCAAAGUGAUGAGUGCGGCUGGGAUGUCCCCAACCACCACCACUGCGGUGCGCGCUGUGGUUGUGACUGCCGAGUCAGCGACGGUGACGCCGUCGGUGUCUCCUGGCGCGAUGCCCGGCAAAGCCUCGGCCUCCACGACGGCGAUGGCGAGCAGCACACCGGCAACUGCACUCUCCUCCGAGCAGGUUGCAGAGCUGCGUCUCAGGGCUGUUGCAUUGGAGACUACCCAACAGCUGUUGACUAGCACACAGAGUGAGCUGCGCACCACCCAGACUGCCUUGGCCCGGGAGAGGGGGCUGCUGGAGACCGCACUGACGGACCUCGCCCAACUUCGCAAAGAGGUCCUUGCCAACACAACGGAGGCUUCCUCGUCGCUGCCCCAAGCGGACAACACACCAGUCUCUGCGGCGCAUCAUCUCGCAGAUAUGCAGACCCGUUUGGCAGCGCGAGAGGCGGAGGUGCACGCGGCACGCCUGCGACACGAGAGCGCCGUGUACGAGCUGACGCAGCUGCAGGAACGCAUCUCCAUCAUGACGCGCGAGAAAGCGUUCCUGCAGGAGGCAAAUACGCACUUGGAAGGGCAGCUGCAGCGCCUCCUGACAAGUUCGAUAGCGGUCGCGCCUCAGUCUGCAUCGCGAUCUGAAGUUCCGGCAGCGGCGGCACCGCGGCUCACCGCCAGCGAGGCAUACCAGAAGGAGGCGCUCGAGAAGCAGGUCAAUGACCUACGCGUAAUGACCGACAAGCUGACACGCGAUUUGAGGAAACAGACGGCGCGGCGUGCCAAGGCGGAGGAAAUGGCGCAGGCCCUUCAGAAAGAGAACACUGAGCUGAAGGCGUCAGCGCUGCUGUACCGCCGGCAGGUGAAUGAGAGCGAACUGGAGCUGGAGUGGACAAUCUCGCGUAAGGAGGAUGAUGAGCGACUCCGGAAGCUAGAGCGCGACACAAACUGCUUGCGCAGUGCUCUCCGUGACCGAACCGACCAGUACCAGCGUGAAAAAAUGGAAUGGGAGCAGCAGCUGCUCACUUUGUCUCGGCAAGUGCGUGUGCACGUAGCGGCAACGAAGCAGCUGCUGAAGCGCGUGCUGGUCUACCAGGUUCGAGAGGUGGUGUGGCAACAGUGCCGACAUGCCGGGACACAACUCAGUCGUCGGCACGCUGCCGGGACGACCUCAUCGGCGAGCUGCAGUUCCAACGGCGCACCGAAGCCUGGCAUGCCGACUACCACUGCGGCAUCGGCGUCGCCGUCGCCGCCGUCGUCGCGUGUUGAAGAUGCCACUGCCACAACUCUCCGUGCCGAUCAGCCGUCGCCCUCGGCGCCGUCGAGUCUUGUCUUGGGGGCCGCCGCCGAUACUGCCAUGCUUGUCGAUCGAGAACGGCAACUCGAGGAGCUCAAGCACACCUUUGAGCGACGCGUCGCGCUGAUGGAGGCGCAACACAAGGCUGAGACACAGCAGCUGCUUGCCCUCAACAAGGAGCUGCGCCAGGCGCUGACGGUUUCCCAGGACGACUUGACUGAGAAGACAAGACUGCUCGAGGCGGCACAGCGUCGGUCACCGCCAUCCGUGGCGGUGCCGCUGUGCAGCACCCACGAUCCACCGACGAUGACAUCGCAUCGCUCGUCCAUUUCGAGCGGCUGGCGGGAGAUGCCGACCACGUUGGUUUGUCGCACCGUCGGCGAAGACGGCCCUGCUGUCGGCGUCCUCGACAAAGGCGAUCUGCACCCGUCAACCCAUACCCUCAGCGCGGCGCCUCCGCGGCAGGUUACCGACGUUGAACGGCGCUACAACCCAGAGCACAUGCCCACGUGGGAGGCGGUGCAGGUGGAGAACGAGGCGCUACUCGAUCGAUUGACCACCAUGCAGGAGGAGAAGUGGAAGUUGACGACCGUGAUUGAGGACCUGCAGCAGCAGUGUGGCGCGCUGAAGGGUGAGCUCCAGCGAAACGCCUCCACCAUGAACCAGCUGUUGACGGCUGGCAUGCUGACCCCUUCGGCGGCGACGCGUGGUAAUGACGAGGGCCAACUACGCGUUCUGCAGUGUCUUCUACAGGAGACAUUGAAAGCGAAGUUUGAGCUCGAGGAGCGUCUGCAGGCGGCGGCGCGGAAGUUUUAA